AUGUACUUCUCCAAAGCUCUUCUACUCCUCUCCCCCAUCCUCACUUCCAUCUUCGCAUCUCCAAUCGAAGAACGAGCUACCUGGCCUUACGCUCCUUUUACUACAUCCGGGCGUUGGAUUCUCGAUUCCGCCGGCCACAAUGUCUCCUACGCCGGCGCAAAUUGGCCUGGUGCAGCAGAUACCAUGAUCCCCGAAGGUCUUCAGUAUCAAUCAAUUGCUAGUAUUGUGACCAAGAUUAAAAGUCUCGGCAUGAAUGUUAUUCGUCUUACGUAUGCCAUCCAAAUGAUUGAUGAUUAUUAUGCAAACGGACAGGUGGAUGUGCCAAUUUUGACGAGUUUUACCAAUGCCCUAGGCACAACUAAUGGUACUGCGGUGGUCAAUAAAAUUAUCAAGAAUAACCCGACGUUUACGAGUAAGACUACUAGGAUGCAGGUAUUUGAUGCUAUUGCUGCCGAGUGCCUCAAGCAGCAAAUAUAUGUUCAUCUCGAUAACCAUAUUUCGAAGGGUGAGUGGUGCUGCUCUACUGCUGAUGGAAAUGCUUGGUUUGGAGACACUUAUUUCAAUGUUGCGAAUUGGCAACGGGGUCUUGCAUAUAUGGCUACUCGAGGCGCCGCCUGGGGCAACUUAAUGUCCAUGGCGCUCCGCAACGAACUCCGCGAGCCAACUGACAACGCCUCUCUUGACUCUUCCUAUAACUGGGCCAAUUGGUACACCAACGUUGUAGCCGGCAUGAACAGCAUCCACACCGCCAACCCAAAUGUCCUCAUCUUCCUCUCCGGUCUCAACUUCGACACCGAUCUCUCCCCCAUCGCAAACGCUGCUCUCCUCACCCCAUCCAGCACUCAAAAGUUUCUCAAAUCGUCUUUCUCGUAUGCCAAUAAAUUAGUCUUGGAGCUCCACAAUUAUGCAAGCAGUACUUCCAACUGUGCGAGUUUGAAAAGUAGUUUGCAGAGUCACGGAUAUAAUGCGCUGAAUAGUGGGGUGGUGAAUCAAAUGCCGGUGGUGAUGACGGAGUGGGGACAUUCGCAGACGAAGGCGGAUUAUGCGUCGGUUUAUUCGACUUGUUUGAAGUCGUAUUUGAGUGCGGUUAAAGGGGGUUGGAUGGUUUGGGUUUUGAGUGGGAGUUAUUAUGUUAGGGAGGGGGUGCAGGAUUCGGAUGAGAACUGGGGAUUACUUACGCAUGAUUGGUCGACCUGGAGAGAUCCAACGGAUGUGGCGAAUGUUCUGGUACCGAUGAUUAGUGGCACCAAGAUUUAUUCGCCAUAG